UUAUAAUGACCUUGGCUUUGCGAGGGAUGUUUUUUUGUUUUGUUUGUGGUACAGUUGUUUUUUGUGAGGUGUUUUAUAUUGUGAGGUAUUUCUGACUUUAUGUUUUGUUAUUACGACACAUGUUUACAAAAGGAUGUGUGAUGAAAAACUAUUGGUUGGGAAGACUGGGGUGAAGGUUACAUGUUUUUGCAAUGUAUGGGUUGGGGCAAAAAAUGUGGAGGGGGUUGUCAGUGAUACAGAUUUGGUAGAAUUGAAAGAAUAUGCGUUUGGAGACUUUUUCAACCUAGGUAGCAUUAAGUGGUUUACUGGGCAGUUGAUGAUACUAUUGGAACUCAAUUAUGUGGAACCGUUACAGCGGAGCGGAUGUGUUGACAGCUUAAAGUUUCACAUUGGUGACAAAGUUGUUGAGUUUAAGAAAACGGACUUUGCGUUGAUAACCGGGCUGAAAUUUGGGAAGGAAACCAUGUUUGAGGGUAUUGACAUGGAUGAGCCGAAUGACAUUAGUUUGAGGUAUUUUGGAGGGAAAAUGAGCGUAACACGUUUGGAUGUGGAGCAUGUGUUCAAGAAUAUACGUGCGAUUGGAUGUAGGAAACCUAUGGAUGUAGUUAAACUGGCUAUGCUUUACCUUCUGUGCUGCCAUGUUGUGGGGAACCAGGGGAGGACAAAGAUCCCUGCACUAUAUAUGCAUCUGGUUAAUGACGUGAAGCGGUUUAGUGACUUUGAAUGGGGAGCUGGCCGAAGGUCUUUAAAGGGUAAGUUGCAUUGGGGGCCUGUGACUGCAUGUUCUGAUGGCGUCCAGAACGAAGACGAAGUGGGGGUGAAAAGUCAUGUGGUUAAAAAAAAGGCAAGGGUGAAGAGAACAGAGAAAAGAACAGAAAAUGCAGAUAUGCGUACCCGAAAAGAGAGACCAAGUGUAGUGGAGGAGGUAAUUGGAGCGAGUGGAGGUGACAACGAACCUUCAUUGCGUGAUGUCCUGACUGCAAUAGUGCAUAUGGAGAAGAGACAUUCUAAGCUGCGUGUGGAAGUUACUAAACUGAGAAUAGCACUGAAUGCGCAAAGCCGACUUUUGAAGAGGGUAUUAUUAGGAACAAAAAUGGCUAAGCGGCAACAGAAAAAGAAAGGCGAUAAAAGAGAAGAGAAUGGACUGCCGAGCUUUGAUUUGGGUAUAGAGAGCCAAGGGGGGAGAAAUGAGCCAGGCAAUGAUCAGGAAGAUAUGAUUUACGAGGAGGACAUUAUUAAGGAUGCUGAUUUAGGAACCCAACUUGGUGUUUCUGAUAAUGAAGUUGAAGAUCCUUUGAAUGACGUCAGCACACAAGAGGUUGAAGGGCGAUGGAGGCAGACAGUUGAGGGUUUGGGACUGAAUUUGGAUUCAGGAAAGGGUGCAGGGAGUAGUAAGUCAAUAAAAGUGUCAAAAGAAACGACAACAGAAUAUGUGCAGAUUGAUGAAAAGGUAGUGGAUGAGCGGGCUGAUGUUGUUGAUCGAAUAGAUGUUGCGGAACUUGUAGGUGCAUCAACAAGUAAUGGCAUAUGUGCUGGAGUACCUGAGACUGUGAAUGGAACUGUAACUGGAGCAGUGGUUGGUGGGUUCUGUGACAGGUUUGAGACUGUGUCUCAAAUUGUUGAGGAUCUGCAGGAUUGUCCACCGUCUCAACUUUUUUUCAGUUUAAAGGGGAAUUUGGUUGGGGGUGUUGAGGAUACCAAAGUUCAGGAGGUGACGCCGGAGAAAAUUUUCAGUGAGAAUGUAAGGCCGGUUGAUGAAGAGAUUGUGGACGAUGGUGCUGAUGAGGAAAUGGACAAUGAGGAGCCAUGCACACAAAUAGUGUAUGAAGAACCGAUAAGGGUUGAGAUACCAAGAGAAAUAAAAGAUCGUCAGAAAAGACCAUUGAAGUGUCCACAGCGGUUCAGUCCUGACCAGUUGAUAGUCAGGCGUAAAACGAAAAAGGUGAGAAUAGUGAUGGAGCAUGUUAUAGACUUCGGUGGGGAUGGAGAUGAUUUCAUGGGGCCAUUCACAUUAGACCCCGCUGAGAUGCCAAGUCAGGACGAUUUGAGGGAGGUGGAUGAGUUCAUGCACAAAGGUCUGUUAAAGAAGCAUAAGAAGGAGCCCGGGCGUAAGUACUGUGUGAAUGAAGAUGUUCUUGCACCAAGUGAGUUUAAGACUCACUACGAUGAGAAGGCCACCUUAACGAAAAGAUGGUACUACGAAAUCUAUUUCCCUUGGGGGUGGCUGUCAGAUACGCAUCUUGAUGUCAUUUUCUACUACCUAAGGAUGAAAGGUGUGGAGUUCGGGUUAGUGCAGAGGUACACAACGACAGACACACCGUUCCUUGAAUUAAUGAAGAAUUUGUGCGAUAGAUAUUUGAAGAAAGAACUGACAAUUGAGCAAGCAACACAGAAUAAGUCAAUAAGGAGCACAAUCGUUGGAGGUAGGAUGGAGUACGGCCGUCCAUGGCAGGGUGUGGAUUUCGUGUACAUGCCACUCAAUACAGGGAGCCAUUGGACAUUGCUGGUCCUGGACAUUACGCGGAAGGUUAUCAGAACAUAUGACUCAAGCCUGCGGAGAAGCAAUUCGAAACGGAAACUGCAGCAAUUCAUGCCAAGCCUCCAAAUGUUUCUGCCAAAGCUGAUGGAUAAGCUGGGAGUGUAUGAAGGACGGGAAGAAGGUCCGAUAGGUGAUGGUGUCCUUGCGAUUGAGGGUGGGUCAUGCUGCCCUGAGCAAAAUGACGGGUCUAGUUGUGGGAAGUUCGUAGUGAAGAUGGCCGAAUUUCUCAUGAUGGGGCGUGAUGUGCGCGAUAUGGGUGAUGAUGAGAUUGCCGCAUACCGAAAGAAGAUGACAACAGAGCUGUUGGCCUACUCCGGGAAGUAGGACUCAUGGACUGCGUUUGGAAUGAGACAAACAUGCACUCUUUUAAUGUUUUUUGCAGCAAUGUUUAGGUAUAAUGAAUUCUAUGCACUAUUUUUUUGAGACAGUAGGGAUGGCUGUUAUUUUGAUACAAUUAGUUACACUGGAAAAAUGAUGUUUAUUGGUUUGAGUUUUUUUAUACUGGGCAGUUUGUGUACUAAAUGGAACUUAAUGUG